GCAGUUCGUUCCGUUUGACGUUUGUUCGAUUUGCGUCAAGCUUGAAAAAACGAACGCGAUUUGGAACGAAAAACAGAAGUUUUGCACUUUGCUGUUAGAAACGUAUUUUGUGCAGUGAAAUAUACUGGAAUAUUAUUCAUCCUUUCAAUUGCAGAAUAUAUUCCCAGAAAAGACAACGUUUUACGCAGCCAUCAUGAGUUCCGAAGAAAGCACAGAACCAACCACCACUGAGCAAACUACCGUCGAUCAAUCGGAAGAACAGGAGCAACAACAGUCGGUUAGUGAAUUGGAGAAGCAAGAGGAAGCUAAAAUGAAGGCCAAGUAUGGCCCAAAUGCAGGCCUGGGUGCUCGUGGCCUUGGCGGCCAUUCAGCGUUCUUACAGAAGCGUCUCCAGAAGGGGCAAAAGUACUUCGAUUCAGGCGAUUACCAAAUGGCCAAACAGAAAGGUGGUGGUGUGAAACAGGUGUUUGCCAAUAAGGUUCCCACCGGCGAGGCCAUUCCGACUCCAGAAACGGUCCCAGUGAGAAAAACCUCGAUCAUCCAAACCUGCAACAAGUUUCAAAGUUAAGUAAGCUUUUUAUGUACUUGCCUGUUUCAUAUAAACAUUUAUGAUAGCCGCCCUUUUCCAUCCCCGAUCAAUUUGGACAAAAUAUGUUUUAAUUCUCAUUGUACUAUGUUGGUUCCCUUACACGAAUUCCAGUUAUCCGGACAUGCUUAUCCUUCACCCCUCCUUUCCGACAUGUGACUAUUUGUCAGUCGAUCCCUUCCGCACUUCCGAUUACUAGAAUCAAAUCAUACAAUUAGAUACAUAUUUCAAUUAUUCAAAAAUGUGCAUUGCAUCAUCGUUAUCAGUUUAAAAAAAAAUAAAUUUCGUAAUUUAAUACUUUAGUUCAGCAAGCAAACAAAUAUUGUAGGAAAGUACUAUAUAUUAAUAAAGAAAAUAAUUUGGUAUGAAAAAUCUCGGAGAGAAAAGGAAUUCUAGCUUUUCAGUUGAAGUGCACACGUUACAAUUCACACUGCACGCACCACUAGGGGAUUCACACAGAAGGUUCAUUCACUAUCGUACGCCAAUUCCCCGGUGGGCUUCAGAGGCCACAAGGGAAGAAUAGAGAAGUGUCAUCCCACGGAACGAAACUUGUUCUUCUGUGUAAGCGGAGAGUGUGUUUCAGUGUUCCAUACUGUAUAUGUGAAUAAUUAUCCAUUUUAAUUUAAAUGCUGGGAAAA